GGGCUGAAAUAGUUUGGUGUAGUUUUACAUUCCUUAUAUAGCCCGUGGAGAGGGGACGAGACGUAAAGCCUCACCCCCCGACACAAGGCCGCCGAGUCGGAGGGUCGCACUCGCUUCCACAACCAGCGUUCCUUGUACUUUUCCUGGCUUUCCAGAGGCUGAUUUGGCCCUUUCUGUGAGGCCAUGAGCGUUUACAGCGUGACUCUCAGUGGGCCGGCGCCGUGGGGUUUCCGACUCCAGGGAGGGAAGGAUUUCAGCAUGCCUCUCACGGUGUCAAGGCUGACUCCUGGAGGAAAGGCAGCUCAGGCCGGUGUGGGUGUGGGAGAUGAAGUGGUGUCCAUUGGAGACUUCACCGCUGAGGAGAUGACACACGUCGAGGCACAAAAUCAGAUCAGAGCAGCAACCGACUCCCUCGUUCUGACCCUCAGCAGAGCUGUCCAGUCUGGAGGCGAACAGAAGGGAUCGCUUGCUACUGCACACGCUCAACCAAAGUACAACUUCACGCCCAGCACGACCAUAAACAAGAUGGCGCGGCCGUUCUGCGCGCCGGGUAGCAACCCCAGCACAGGGCCCGUCAUCAAACCGGUGGCGUACGUUCCCAAGGCUAACGCCAGCGCGACUAGCGCCAGCGCGCCGGUGUCAGGCAGCACGCCCCCUUCUCAGAACGGCCACGGAGUGACUCCGUGCCCCAGCAAACCUGCUUCAAAGCCCGAAGGAGCUCGAGCUCCGGCCGCUAGAUCUUCUGGACCGUCGAGCCGCCCUCCUUGGGUGACGGACUCGAAUUUCGCGGAACGUUACCGCCCGGAUAAGACGAGCACGGUGGUGACGCAGCACCAGCAACCGGCGCAGCCGACGCCCGAGCAGAGCCGCAGCUCCAUCCUACAGGCCGCUCAGCAGAACCCGGAACCUGACUCGGGGCGCACGCCUCUCUGCGCCGCAUGCAACAAGAUCAUCAGAGGUCGCUACGUGGUGGCUCUGGGCCGCUCCUGGCACCCGGAGGAGUUCACGUGCUGUCAGUGCCGGGCCGUGCUCGACGAAGGCGGCUUUUUUGAGGAAAAAGGCUCGGUCUAUUGCACCAAAUGCUACGACAACCGUUACGCCCCCAACUGCGCCAAGUGCAAGAAAACGAUUGCGGGGGAGAUCAUGCAUGCCCUGAAGAUGACCUACCACGUUCAGUGCUUCGUGUGCGCUGCCUGCAAGAGGCCCAUCAGAAACCAGGCCUUCUAUAUGGAAGAGGGAGAACCUUACUGCGAGAGAGACUAUGAAAAGAUGUUUGGUACUAAAUGUCACGGCUGUGACUUUAAGAUCGAUGCGGGCGACCGCUUCCUGGAAGCUUUAGGCUACAGCUGGCACGACACGUGCUUCGUCUGUGCGCUUUGCCACGUCAACCUGGAGGGCAAGACGUUCUACUCGAAGAAGGAUAAGCCUUUGUGUAAAGGUCACGCCUUCUCUCCACUCUGAGGAGCCGAGAUCCAGCGCUCCAGAGGAAUCGAGGCAGGACAGACCGACACACAACACCGAGAGAAUCCUGUAGCGAAGGGGUUUUUAAAAUCCGCUCAAAAUCUCUGUGUAGUCAAGAAGCCAAGUUUUGGAGUUAAAAAAAUAAAUAAAUAAUAAGUCUGCGGAGAGAAAACCCCAGCGAUCUCUAUCUUGUUGUUUUUAAACGAAUAAAUAGUAUGAAAUGA